UGAUAUUAGCAUCUCGCGGAUAUAUAAUUCAUAGUCAUAAUAAUGUAUUACCAAACACUAUGCAUGUAUUUAUGCAAUCUUGUUUUUACAGCUGCAAACUGGUUGACUGAAAUGCUGAACCCAAUGAAUAUAUUCUCGUCUCGAAAAGGAAAAGCUGCUGAAUGCUUCAAUUUCUGUCGUGGGCUGAACUUUAAGUCAAAAAAAGGUAGAAAUAUUUCACCAGCGUCUAACUUUAUCCACUGAAUAGCCUAUACAAACUUUUAAAAUGCGACUAACCACAAAUAUUAUUUUUGGUAUGGGUAAUAUUUGGGUCAUUCGAAGAAGAAAUGUAAUCCCCGAGCCGGCGGCGCGAAGCGCCGUGCGAGGGUACUAAUUCCCCCCGGCUAUUUACACCCGGGGAAACGAAAGCAUUAGCGGAGUCUAAAGUUCAUCAAAUAUCGCGGGCGUGGGUCACCAACGAUGGGUGGUCAUCCCAGUGAACUCUAAUAAUAACUGGAAGGCUAACUCCUAUGAUGAAAGUCUAUGAUUCGUUGAAGCCGGCGCGCGGGAAAAUCAGCUUUCAAAAAGACUAAGGAGAGUUUCGAGGAGUGAAAAAAAUUCUGCCAAAAGUUUGUUUUCGAGCAAAAAUUUGCAAGAAAAACACUUUUCCCAUGGGAAUACAACAAUGAUUGGGAUUUAAACCAGGUUUUCCGAUUAGUUCCAACUGUUUUACAUCUCUCUGCAGCAAAAAGUAAGCAGUUUUGCUUUUGUAUUUUGAAAAAAUGACGAAAGUUUGGACGUGCCGAAGGAAAUCUCGCCGUUCAACUCAAAAAUAUAUACUAUAAAACAUUUUGACAGUCCCAAAACUUAUGUUGUACUAAACCCCAGGUAUUGUUAUUGAUCCUGAGCUUUUAGUCCUUGUUUUAGUCGCUCUUAAACAUAAAUAAAUUGGCGUUUUUCAAGUGAUGUUAUUAGUCGUCAUCGGCAUCUUGUUGGCCACUAUGAGCACUUUGAAUAUGGCAAUAUUUUUGUCAAUUUUCAAAUGCUUUUUUUUCGACCUUAAAACGUUAAAUCUUCUUGAAACUUCGCAUACAGAUGUAUUUUGCAUGGGUAUAAAAAAUUCCUGAGGUGUGACAUCUUAGUUUUAUCUUAAACUUCCAAAAACUCAGAAAAAGCAGCCUAAAACGCGCGGUUUUUCAGACCGUUCAUGCUUAUGGUCGUGUUUUUCCCAUUUUUUUUGCUAAUUCGUGAUUUGUUUGCUUUGCGAAUAUUAAAUUCAUUUAUCAUACUACUGAUAUAAAUUAAAUUUGGUAGUAUAACUAAUAUUUUGGGGCAAGAUUUUUCUGAUCAAAAAAUGUGCAUAUUUUGAAAAAAAAAUUUAAAAAGGACUGGGUCUACCUACAAAAAAAGCUUCAAGCACGGCUUCAACUUCCCCCCCUGACUUAGCCUUCCAGUUAUUAUUAGAGUUCACUGGGUCAUCCUCACUGACCUCAAAAAUAUGGCGGACUGUCAUGAAUAGCGGACACUGAUUGGUCCAAUUUAAAGUUUGCAUAAACGACUGCAUCACGUCAGCGAAAUAGCAAACAUUUCUUGAUUUGACGAUUCACGAUUGAUAAAUUUCUUGCGAAUAUAUUUCAUUUUUACUCGCAUUUUUGCAAUAUUUUGUAAAUUUCAAAAGCACUCGGAGAAAGAAACUGCGAAAGAAUCGGCUAAAAGAAGGGAGCCGACGUUAACGAAGGUAAGUUUGUUUUAAAUAUUGAUUUUAUAAUGGCUUUAAAACCCGACGGCCUUUGCCGCUUUGCGUAUAUGAAACAACUAAACAAGACAGAAUAUAAUUUCAGUGUAUCUUUAAUAUUGAUUCCCUUUUGUAUUAUAUUGAAUUUUUUAAAUGAAAAAGAAAGCAAAGUUAUUUGCAAGCGAGAAUUUGAAAUCAUUUUAUUGCAAACUCAAAGUUUAUCGAUAAACCAUUUUAAUAAUUAAAGGUAGUUAAGUUAAAGAGCACUUUAAAACGUUUUGCGAAGCGUUUGUGGUUGAAUUUUACCUUAAAAUUGAGGCUUAUAUUACGUAUAAUAACAUACCUGAGAUAUAUAUGUUGGGAAAUUAAUGAUUUUGUAAUUAAAAGUGAUAUUUUUAGGCGAUUUUUCAUUUGUAAGAAUAUUCUUAAAAAAUUAUCGUGUUACCAUGACAACUAUUUUAGAACUUCAUGUUCGGAACGUACAAUGGUUUUGUCAGCAAGGCGAGGGUUUCUGCAUGCAUGUAUUUUCUAGUAUAUCUUUAUAAUAAAAAAUCCCAUCUUGAUCAACUUUUUCACUGUCAAAGUUUCCAGAUAUGAUGUCAUUAGGUGAAUUGCAAAUUAGUUUUCCUUUGUAUUUUGUACCAAAAAUUCACCUAAUGACAUCAUGUCCGUAAACUUUGACAGUGAAAAAGUUGAUCAAGAUGAGGUUUCGCACUAUAAAGAUAUAUUACAUUUCUUCUUAGAAUGACCCAAAUAUUACACAUACCAAAAAUUAUAUUUGGGGUUAGUCGCACUUUAACAAAUCUAAUUCAAUAGACCAAUUGGCUAACGUUUGUUUAUACCCACUGUCACGACCCUAGAUAACUCACAUGCUCAGUUACUAUUCUGCUAGUUUACCGAGGCAUAGAAUAGAAUAGAACAAAGGUAACUAAGCUUUAGAAUUAUCUACAUUAGUGAAUAACUCUCAUACAUAAUUCUAAUGCUCAGGGACGCCGGAACGAGGGGGGGGGGGUCAGGAGGGGCAGCUGCCCCUCUUGCCCUUUACCAGGAGGGGCAAGGGGGGCGAAGGUGGCCUUUUGAUUAAAGGAAAAUAUUUGUUAUUAAUAGAAAGAAUUCGUUCUUGUUAUUAUAGAACUAUAUAAACUAUAUGAUAUAAACAAACUUUUGCUGGAAAACUACUGUCGCGUACGACAACAUUCAUUUGGGGCAUUUUUGGCUGAAUUCUUUUGUGCCAGAAAUGCAGUCAUUGAGCUUCAAAAAUAUCAAAAUCCUCCGGGGGAGAACCGCAGACCUUCCUAUUUCUUUACAAAUCAGAAACGUGAUUUUUGCAGCGUUAAACUCCAGAUGUUUCGUAAACGUCCUUUAAUAUAUAUCAAUAGACCUUUCCCCUUUUAAGUGAAAUUUUGAUCUAGACUAGCCUGGACAAAAAUUUCACCACAGCUUGAAAGAGCAUCACAAAAUUAGUAAUAUUCCGAAGUUUCGUUGCGAAAUAUUGUAAAAUGCGGAUAAUAUAGCCUUGCGAAGUUUGCCGUUUUUCAGUCAUUUUGUAUUACAAAUGGGAAAUUGAUAAUCAGUUUGAUCAUCUGAUUAUCAAUUUCCCGUUUGUAAUCUAAAAUGACUGAAAAACGGCAAACUUCGCAAGGCUAUAUUAUCCGCAUUUUACAACAUUUCGCAAUGAAACUUCGGAAUAUUACUAAUUUUGUGAUGCUCUUUCAAGCUGUGAUGAAAUUUUUGUCCAGACUUGUCUAGAUCAAAAUUUUACUUAAAAGGGGAAAGGUCUAUUCAAAAGUGUCUCUCGUCGUUCCGGCGUCUCUGCUAAUGCUUAGUUACCUUUGUUCUAUUCUAUGUUUCUGUAAACUGGAACAAUAGAAACGAAGCACUGCGAGCAGGAAAUGUUAAACAGCUGCAGGGAAUUCUUUGAUUUGAUUCAAGAAUCAAAGAAUUCAAGAAUCUUGAGAUUCAGGAAUUCAAGAUUUGCUAUUGAAAAUUUGAAAGAAACCUUACCGUAACACCCAGGUUUCACUAUGGGCGCAACAACAUAUGGUUAACAGACAUUAUUCCUUGAAUUUAAAACCAUGGUCAGCUAUGACCAUGCAGAUUUAGCACAAAAAUACUCCGUUGGUCUGCAGGAAAUUUUUGUCUCCAGGUUGUGUUCCCAGGAAGAAAAUUUUUUUUGCCCUGCAUGUGAAUUAUCUAAAGUUGUGAAUAGGGUAACAAGGAUGGGAACGACGACAACGUUAGCCAAAUAUGUCUUUGCGCAUUAUACGAAGAACGUUAUUGGAGAACGGGGACACGUAUUAGAGCACCGGGCAUAUUUGAGGGGGUGGGGGGCUUAAUGGUGGAAUAAAGGCACUCAGAAAUUCAAUUUUUUUCAGACGACGAACACGACCAUGCUACUGGCAAAGACAAGACGAUAUGUGUUGUGGACAGCGGUAUUGCGUUCAACUCUCCAUUCCCUGCCAUAUUGAGACCUGAAAGAAAAGUUGAACUCAUUCUGUCGUUUGAUUUCAGUCAGAGAGAUGGUGGCGAUAAGGAAUUGCCUUUUAAAGUGAGUCGAACUUUCCUUCUUGAGCUAACGCACAAGUUUGUUACAAGUCUGUUCACAAGCUGUUAACAAGAUGUAUUCGCACUGCUUGUCACAAGUUGUCAACAGGUUUGGAAUAACUUGUUGACAACUUGUAACAACCUUGUCGAAAUUAUCAGACUUGUUGCAAGGUUGUCUGACAAGUCUGUGACAUGCUUGAUAUAACAAGAUUGUUACAACCUUGUGUUGACAACCUUGUAACAUCCUUGUUAUAUCAUGGCUGUAACAAAUUUGUUAGCACAAUCUUGUAACAAGGCUGAUAAUGCCAUCAAGCUUGUUACAAGUUGUUAACAGCUUGUUUCAGACUUGUUACAACAAACUGGGAACAAGCAGUGCGAACACAACUUGUUGACAGCUUGUGAACAGAUUUGUAACAACUUGUUUGCAGACUUGUUACAACUUGUGCGUUUUACGUGUGUAGCUCUCAACAAGUUGUGUUCGCACUUCUUGUUCCCAGUUGUUGUAACAAGCUUGGAACAAGCUGUUAACAACUUGUAACAAGCUUGAUGGCAUUAUCAGACUUGUAGCAAAGAUACAGUCAUGAUAUAACAAGAAUGUUACAACUAUAUCAUCAUGAUAUAACGGGAGUUGCACGAGAGUUGAUAAAGACUUGACUGGAUAUUACCACGUGCGUAGCGAAAACUCUCAUCAAAAUUUGAACCAGUUAAAAGUUGAUGAGAGUUGAUGAGAAAGCAUCCGGCUGAUUCAUGCAUUUAGUGUUCAGAGUACUCCAGAUUUUCGGAACACUGAUAGAAUCGAACCGAACACGGUCACAUGACACAUGAUUGUUCUGUCUGCCUCUACUCAAAAGUACAGGGGCAGUCAGAACAAUCAUAUGACCGUUUUCGGGUCGAUUCUAUUAGUGUUUCGAAUAUCUGAAGUACUCCGAACAGUAAAUGGAGCAGCCUGCAUGAGAGUUGAUGAGAGUUGGCUCUCAAACGAGAAACUCUCAUCAAGUUUCGCCAACUCUCGCUUGACCAGAGCCCAACAUAAUUACUUUAUUAUUUUGUUAUUCGUAGGAACUUUUGAAAGCUGAGCAGUGGGCAAAGGAUCGCGGUCAUCCAUUCCCACAAAUCAAAGGGAACCCAGUAACUGAAGAUCCCAACAUUCGUGAAUGUUAUGUAUUUGAGAACAAAGAUGACGCAAUGUGUCCGAUGAUUGUACAUUUCCCAAUUGUUAACAAAACUUUCAGAGAAUAUCUUAAGCCAGGUUAGUGAAACCAUAUGCUAUCUUAUGUUAUUUCGCAACUGCUCUAAUCUACCCUAUAUCUCGUGGUGUUCACUGCUGCAGCAAAUUCCAGGCAAAUUAUGUAUGCAAAAGAACUAAAUAUUGAAAACGUUGUAGCUCGCAACCUAACAUGAAACAGGGUUCGUAGCGGUCUUUAAAAUCCUUGAAAGUCUUUAAAUUUGAAUGCAGGUCUUUAAGGUCUUUGCAAAGUCUUUGCAUUGUGUGAAAAAGCGAAGAAAGUCUUUAAAAGUCUUUAAAUUCUUUAGUGAGUAUUUGAUUAUACGAUUUCCUAGCUAAUAAAAAUAUAAAAUAGAUUGAUUGAAGCAAAAUUUUCGCAAAUAUCGACGAAAACGCGCAUUUUAGGAUGUGAUUUGACGGUACUAAUAAUUGGGUAAAAAUGGUGCUUACACUCGCAAUUUUUCGACAGCUGAUUGCCCUCAAAGGUCUUUGAAAAGUCUUUGAAAAUAGGCAGAAAAAAUCUUUGAAAGUCUUUGAAUUGUUUUGGUCUUGGAGACUACGAACCCUGUGAAAUUUUCGGGCAAAAUUACUCAAACAUGAUUGGCUAAUGAUGAGGGCAUUUUUUCUUGAUUCAAGUCAAAAUUAUUUAUACCUGAUUGGCUGAGACGCAAGCGCGGGAAGUUUCUUGUUUUAAAUAGCAAUAAAAACAAUGGCUUCUCGCUUUGUCGUUGCGGAUAAUGUUGUUAUUGAAGACUAAUGAAAACUCAAACACCAGAAAAAGUACAAAUUAUUUAACUAGAAAUUGUCAGCAUUAAGGAACAUCGGCGAAGACAUGGAAACAUACGUGGUUCAAGAGUUUGACAAGUUCACAAUUUACUUACGAAUAAAUUUUGCCCUCUAUGAUUAACAAGUAAUCGCAUAGUUCCGCGUAAAAUUAAGGUUUAAUUUCACUUGUGUUUUGAAAGUUUCACAAAUUGCCCUCGUUAGAAAAUCAUGCAAUCUUUCUGCAUCAUGACAUCAGAAUUAUUCCACAUGCUAUCUUGUCCCAGCAAAAUGUUGGCCCAGCAAAGCGGAACAAACAGGGUUCUAUGAAUGUGAUGCAUUUUAUUUUCUAGGUGUUCCUCGUAAGACACAAUCGGAAAAAGACUUCGCCAACUUUGAUAUUUUUGAUGACCCUGCACAACCCUAUUCAUCCUUCACAUUUCAGUACAAACCUGAAACGUUUGAACGAAUGCAUGAAUUGAUGAAAUUCAACACGCUACUUAAUAUGGAUCUGAUCAAAGAAAAGAUUGGCUACUAUGUUGGAUACAGGCGAAAUAACCUUAACCAAUAAAGAUAGAGGAACUUUUUCGUACUCAUUUUGUUGUGAUGUUCGAUGUUUAUAGAUGGUCUGGUAGAAAACUAAUUUGGAAUCUCGACUGCGUGAUGAUUGAUGUGAUAUUUUGUUUAUACUUCAAAGAUAUUAUCAGACAGACUUAUGAUACUUUCGAAAUGGAAAAAAUGAUUCAAAUAACAUAGGUAUUGUUAGUAAGCUGUAACCUUGCCGAGUUGCUGUUAAAGCCUGUCGCACACGAGAGCAACUUGCUGAGCUAACCGCCUCGCGAGGCAGCUAGCUCAGCUAUGUAUUUUCACCGCACACGUUGGGAAUACUACUCAACAACAACAUAAAUGACAAAAUCAUUUGCAUUUCCCUCCAUUUUGUUCCAGGUCACAUGAAGAAACCAUGGUUUGUCAUUGGCUAAUUGAUUCAAACAGCUCAGCACUUAGCUCACAAUAUAUCCGCAGACGCUGAGAUUUUUUCCUCGCGAGGCGAAAAAUAUCAAACACGAUAGAUAUUUUCCUCAAGGCCUCGAGAGGUCAAAUCCUCGCCUCGCGAGGCGGUUAGCUCAGCAAGUUGCUCUCGUGUGCGGCGGGUUUUAACAGUUGUAUACUAAUUGUUAGUUCAAUCUUUACUUAAUUAAUACUGAAAGUAACUUCCGUGUAAUUUUGUGUGUGUGCUAGAUACAUUAAACUGGC